UGCAGAGGCUCAAGACAGAAGUAAACAAAUGGGACAAACUCCCUUCAAAAGAAAAGCUAUCUGCCUGCUUGAAGAAAGCAGCAGCGAUGAUGAUGAUGAUUAUGGUAAUGAUGAAGGAGAGGUCCCAUUUGUUGGUGAAGAUUUGGCUUCAUUGAACUUGGAAAAAAUACAGAGAGAGAACCAAUAUUUGAAAGAAGAGUUAUUCAAGUUAAAGCAGACUAUGAAAGCGCCAAAACUCAAGCACAAGGAAUUGCCAAAAGUAACUUCAAUUGCCGAUGGAUCAGAUACAGCGAGUAACAAGACCGAGACAGCUAAUAUUGGCCCAGCAGGUGUGCCAAGUGAAUACGCGGAUUCCGAUAUUGCUCGGAAACUAAAUCUUGUGCCAUUAGUUCCUGGAACCAAUGUUUUCCUAAGUCCCUCAAAAUUGGCCACAGCAGGCAAUGGCGUUUCGUCCCCAACGAUCCUCACAUAUAAUCUGUUAAGAGUAUUUUUCAAAAAGGAAACGAUAAGCAUAAGUAACUAUAAUGGAGGGGGAACAGCAGGCCAUACAGCCUUAGACAGAGCAAUUACAAGUGCCAUCAUAGGUUAUGUCAAGGUUAAAAUGCCUCAAACGAAAACGUCAAGCAUCACUGCAGCAAUGAAUUCCUAUUGCACACGCAUAAGGAAUCAAUUGAAGGUCAAAGAAAACAAGAAUGAAUAAACUAGUGCAGCAUCAGUUUUUUUUCUUAUUGAUUGCACACAUAUUUUGUUAAUUAGAGUUAAGUCCAGUGUGCCUUUAUAUUG